AAAUGUCAAAUGUCCACUAGGUAUUCCAUUCCAUUUCCAUUUAGAAAAUAGAAAUUCCCACAUUGUCCACUUUCAACUGGUACUAUUAUUACCAUACGUGCAAAUGUACAUGAUCUAAUAUUGAGAUAUUUUGUAUUAAUAUUGGUAAAUAGUUUUGUCAUCAUGCCUGCUGCCGAAGACGUGAAAUCUAGUUGGGCGGAUGAAGUGGAAUUAGAAGGUGGAUCAUUGCCUCCAUCUACUGAAGUGUUUGAACAUGGCUUCAAGAUUGUAACAGAUUACAAGUACAAUGAUGAUGAUAAAAAAGUCAAGUUCGUGCGUACCUAUAAAAUAGAGAAGCGUGCGGUUUCCAAAUCCAUUGCAUUACGGAAAACUUGGAAGAAAUUUGGAGAAUGUGCAACUGAUAAACCUGGCCCAAAUCCAGCCACCACCAUUGCAGCAGAAGAUGUAUAUAUGCAAUAUAUCACCAGUAAAGAGGAAGAUAACAAGCAGGAAGAUGAUGGCAUGGAUAAACUCAAAGCCAUGGGUGAUAAGAAUGUAGUCAAGUGUCGUACUUGUAAUGGAGACCACUGGACUUCAAAAUGCCCAUGGAAAGAUACGAUGUUGGCAGGUGGAAAAGUACCAGAUGACAAGAAAAAUGCUGGUGUUGCAGGUACCACAGCUGGACCAACUGGUGGUGAUACUGGAAAACAAGGUUCCAAGUAUGUGCCACCCAGUAUGAGAGAUGGAGCUUCCAAACGAGGUGAUGGUCCAAACAUGCCUAGAAGAGAUGAUAGCUACUGUGCUAUAAGGAUAGCAAAUCUUAGUGAUUCUACUACAGAAUCAGAUUUAGAAGAUCUGGUAAAACCAUUCGGUCCAAUUCAAAAACUUUAUCUAGCUAAGGAUAAAGUGACAGGUCAAUGCAAAGGAUUUGCAUACAUUCACUUCAAAUUCAGAAAUGAUGCUGCCACUGCGAUUUCAGUUCUGGAUGGAUAUGGUUAUGACUAUCUUAUUCUCAGUGUUGAUUGGUCCAAACCGUCACCAAACCAGUAAUUAUAUCAAUUGAAAAUAUACCUCCACUGUUUUUCAACAACAAUAAAUUAAAUGGCUUAUU